UUUGUGCUGCUCGAGCAAAGAAAGCACGGCAUCCCCGCUGAUCAUGCAACCGGCUUUCUUCUCACUCAUUCUGAUUGCCGUACAUGUGUCUGUACUGGUGGACUGUCGACCAAGGCUCCAGGACCCUGAGCAGCUACCACAACACCGGUGGAGCAGCUUCUACACACGAGCACAUGCAGACACGUCCUCUGGUACGGGACGUUUUUACUUAGAGCUGAGUGGAUCAAUGAAAAGAGGUAUUCACAGAGACUUUCUAGUUGUUUUGCCAGUGAGAACAGACACAGGCAACUUUGUGUCAAUAUUUGAUUUGAGAAGAAAACGGUUCCUCUGUAUGGACUUAAAGGGAGAGCUAUACAUCUCUAGGCAAAGGGAGAAAGAAGAUUGCCUCUUCCAGCGCAUUUGGUUAGACCUGGUGAACCAGCAUGACGUGUUUUACUCUACAAGCGGGAGCCGACUGUUCAAACUGGAGGGAGCUGAGCUGCGAGUUGCUCAACAGGAGUCACCUGAACCCCCCUCGGCACUGCUGGAGCGGUUCCUAGGUCCCUUGGUAAAGAGACAGAGGAGGAGCGAGGAGGUGAACCCCUCUGAUCCAUUAAGAACACACUCACAUCCCUCACAUUCUGCCAAAGAUCACAAGGAUGCGUCUCAGAGGAGGCCUGAGCAGGACCAGGCUAUUUCUGUGUCCAAAGAGACGAUCACAUCCUGUGAUGACCCCCUACGGGUCCUACAGCCCAAUGGGCCCGGCAGUCCUGUCAAGACAAACAUUGCAGACCGGCCGGGACAAGACUAAGAUACUGAACUUGGGUUUAUUAAAUGAAAAGUCAAGAGGGGGUGCAAGUCCUUGUGUUUGUUCUGAAAACUCACUUAGGACGUAGGCACCUGUAAAUACCGAUACCCUGUCAUGCAUUUAUGGACUGUGGUAUCAGUGAGAGUCACAGAAUGACUUUCAAAGGACUGGCAGAGUCAGGCUGACAUUAGAGGGUGGUUUGUUAUUUUUUUGAGGUCACGUAAAAGCAUUAAAUAUUUUACAACUUCUGAGAAAAGAGAUAACCUACUAACAAAAUGCUUGAAUCAGUUUUUGCAGAAUUUGUCUUUAUGUAACUGUUACGCUACGUAAUGUACUCAUAAACCUUAUUACAUCACUGCGGCUUGUGCACAUCUUCUGUUUGAAUAGCAGAUUAAGGAUUAAGUUUGGCAACAAUCGACAUAAUCAUGAGGCUAGUGUGUUCCAGCGUCCUUCAGCCCUUUAACCUCUUUUGUCAGUUAAAUUUUAAACCUUGGGCCAGAUGUGGCAAUGUUUGUUUUGCAUAUGUAAAAAUGUGUAAUCCGUAAGUAAUUAUGAAUAUUUAUACAUAAAUCUGUUGCAAAAGAAAAACAAAAAUAAACCAGUGCAUACUGGUGUUACUGGAGAAAAAAAACCCCCAAAAAAACAAAAACAAAAAAAAAAAAACUUGCCAUUUGCAGCCAUUCUUUAACAGGCUCAAGUUAAGUUAGGUGCCGGACACCACAAGUCACAGCAAUAAAAAGGUAUUUAUUUAUUGAAAUGUGUUAAAUGACUUGCUUCCUAGUCUACUGUUUUAUUAUUUAUAUAUUUCAUGUUGUGUUAUUUCUGAUGUGGAAAAAUAAAUGGUAACUAUUCUG